AUGCAUCUCAAACACUUGAAAACCCUAAUUUCACAUCAAUUAAUGGAAUCGAAAAUAUCGGCACUAGCCUGGUCUCCGAACAACAAACGGUUAGCAGUUUCAACGAGUGAUCGUCUUAUUGUUUUGUUUGAUGAAGAUGGUGAAAGAAGGGAGAGAUUUUUAACGAAACCGGCUGAUGGAAAAUCGAAAAAGGGUUACGUUGUCACUGGUUUGUCUUUUUCCUUUGACUCGAUAAAGCUUGCGAUUGCUCAAUCUGAUAAUAUGGUGUUUGUUUAUAAACUUGGUGAAAGUUGGGAGGACAAGAAGGCCAUCUGUAACAAGUUUCCCCAACGAAAUCCUGUCACUUGCAUCAUCUGGUCGUCUGAACAACAGAUAAUAAUGGGUCUAAUAGAUGGAAAAGUUAGACUUGCAAACACAAAAAAUAAUAAGUCAUCAACUGUCUUCAAUUCUGGAUCUUAUGUAGUAUCAUUGGCUGCAAAUCCUUGCGGAAGAGGAUUUAUUUCCGGUCAUGCGGAUGGGAAAAUUGCUCGGUAUACUUUCGAUGAUGAUGGCAAUUGUAUGCUACAAGCUAAGGUUGCCACUCACCCCGUUCCACCCUUUGCCUUGACCUGGGCCGGUAAUUCUAUUUUUGCUGCCGGUUUCGAUAGACGCGUUGUUAUAUAUGGUCGCGAAGGAAAAAUACGGCAGCAAUUUGAUUACUCGAAGGAUCCAACUGAAAAGGAGUCGACCAUUGCAGUUUCAGGACCGGGGGGUCAUGUUGUUGCCAUUGGAAGCUAUAACAGGAUACGAGUUUAUAACUUUAGCAUCCGUAAAAAUGUUUGGGAUGAAGUUUCCCCAAAAGUUAUUCCAAAUCUUUACACCAUAACUGCUAUGUGUUGGAAACCUGAUGGAUCCAAACUGACGAUUGGAACGUUGUGUGGGGGCGUUGAUCAAUUCGAUUGUUGCAUAAAACGGAGAAUCGUGAGAAAUUUUGAGUUAAUUUACGUGGGACCAAGUCAAAUUAUUGUGUUAAACAAAAACACUCAGGAUAAAACCUUGCUCAGAUCAAUUUACGGUUACGAAAUUGAGGAUGUUAAAGUAAUGGGCGGCGACAGCUAUCUGGUUGCACAAACAUCUGACACACUCAUUCUGGUUUAUAUACCUACUAAGGAGCUGAGCGAAGUGUAUUGGAGAAAAAAUGGAACGAAAUAUAAAAUAAUUUUCUCAAGCAGAAAAUUCUGCGUCAUUUUUGGUGCUGGCGAACUCUUUGUGAUUGAAUAUGGAUUAUCAGAGGUGCUUGGAUCUGUGCGUACGGAAAUAACAAAUCCCUACCUCUUCAGUGUUCGAAUAAACGAGAGGAGUACGAAUAGUGCAACAUGCAAAAGGAUGGCUUACAUGUUGGAUCCGAAGACGGUGAAUGUUGUGGAUUUGACGUCUGGUCUUACAAUUGGCCACUACAAUCACGACGUGUGUUUGGACUGGAUAGAAUUAAGUGAAAAGGCAAAUCAUCUAUUACUUCGAGAUCGGAAACGUCAAUUGCUUAUCCUCAAUACGGAAACCUUUGCUUCUUCCAUCCUGCUCCCAUUUUGUGCCUUUGUUCAGUGGAUUCCACAGAGUGAUGCAAUCGUUGCCCAAACAAAGGAUAACAUUAGCAUAUGGUACAAUAUCGAUGCUAUCGACAGGGUGACAAAAGUACCGUUACAGGGCGGCGACAUCGUCGGUGUUGAUCACAUAGGAGGCAAGACGGAGGUUCUUGUAUCCAAGGGGAUGACGACCAUUAGGCACCCUCUUGACAAUAGUCUCAUUGAAUUUGGUACCGCAAUGGAGGAUAAUGAUCUAGAAAGAGCUGUCACUUUUCUUGACUCUCUGGCGAUGGCAGAGGAGACUGAGAGUAUGUGGAAAAGGUUGUCUGAAAAGGCGUUGCAAUCCAAUAACCUCUUGGUAGCAGAACGCUGUUAUGCUGCACUGGGCCUCCUUAGCAAGGCACGAUACCUUCGAGUUACGAGGGACAUUGCGGAACAGGAGGGCGACGCAAACCACUACAAAGUUCAAACUCGACUCCACAUCCUCGCUGGUAAUCUGGAACUUGCCGAGGCUAUCUUCCUCGAGCACAAUGCUGUCGAUGAGGCCAUUAAUAUGUACACUGAAAUGCACAGAUACGAGAAAGCUCUCGAGAUUGCGGAGGCAAAAAAUUGGUCAAAUUUGGAGAUGCUGCGCGAGGACUACAACAAGUGGUUGGUGGAAACCGGACAGAUGGAAGUGUUGGGCGACUUUCGUGCCAGAGAUGCUGACAACGCAACUGCUGUCAGUCUCUAUCUGCGGGCCUCUGUGCCCGGGAAGGCUGCAGCUCUUGCUCUCUCCGACGCCUCACUGUCUGAGGACCGUGGAGUACUGGAGCAAAUUGCUCAGUGCUGCAACCUCUUCACCCUCCUUAUACAGGCCCUUAUACGUGCGAAUCAACAGGAGAAGGCGGGAGAGUUGUAUAAACGGUUGCGACAGUACGAGGCUGCGAUGCGUUGCUUCCGCGCAGGCGGUGCCUUUCAGAAGGCCCUCGACGUGGCUCGCGAGCACCUCCCUAGUGAAGUUGUGUGGCUGGAGGAAGAGUGGGGCAAUUAUCUUGUCACUCGCCGGCAGCUUGAUGCAGCCAUAAGCCACUUCAUUGAAGCUGGGGCCUACGUAAAAGCGCUUGAGGCGGCUACGAAGGCGGGCGAGUGGACAAAAAUGGCAGAAAUUCUUUCUAGUAUCGAUACAGGCGAUAAUUCGGACUCAACAAUGGAGGCCGUGGCACCGUACAGACUGGAGUUAGCUCGACACUACGCGCACACGCGUCAAUUCGCAUUGGCUGAGAAAACUUUCUUGGCGGCAGGUGAACCCAAACUCGCCAUUGAGAUGUACACUGACGCGGGCAUGUGGGAGGAGGCUCACGACUUAGCUUCCGCUAAUAUGCAACAGGAUGCUCUCAACACAAUGUACAUACAACAAGCUGAGACCUUGGAGCAUAGUGGCAAGCUAAAGGAAGCGGAGCGGCUCUACUUGACGGUGAAACGUGUUGAUCGGGCAAUGACAAUGUACAAAAAUCAGAGACAGUAUCGCGAGAUGGCGCGUAUAGUGCGUACUCACAAACCGGAGCUCCUCGAACAGACACUAAUUCGUAUUGCGCAGGAAUUGGAGUGCGAAGGCAAUCUGCGACAGGCCGAGCAAUACUACAUGGAGGCAGGGGAGUGGAAGUCAGUGGUCAACAUGUACCGCACACGCGACCUCUGGGAGGAGGCCUUUCGUGUGGCUGGAGAAUGCCGACAGCAGCCGGAGCUGCGCAAACAAGUGGCCUUUCUAUGGGCUAAGCACCUUGGUAGUGACUCGGCAGUGCGUCUGCUUAAUCGUCUUGGCUUACUUCACACCGCCAUCGACUACGCCACGGAGCACUGCGCCUUCGAGUUCGCCUUUGAGUUAGUACGCUCCUGCCCGGCGGAAAAGGUUGCCGAGGUGCACAACAAGUAUGCCAUGUUCCUUGAAGAUGAAGGGAAGCUCUCUGAGGCUGAAGAACAGUUCAUUAAGGCUGGACGACCACGAGAGGCGGUAUUAAUGUAUGUUCACAACCAGGACUGGACAUCAGCUGCGCGAGUAGCGAGGGAGCACGAUCCAGAGAGCGUGAACGACGUCUUGUUAGGUCAAGCUCGGAUCGCAUUCAGCGAACGCGACUUCUCCCAAGCGGAAGCGCUGCUACUACGCGCUCAACGGCCUGACAUGGCAGUGCGCGCUUACCGAGAGACCGGCCAUUGGGAGGAUGCCAUUCGGGUGGCUCAAGCCUAUCUUCCUUCCAAGUUACAGGAACUUCUGGAGGAAUACGAGGAGGAGAAAAUGCGCACAGACUCAACAGCUGCAACUGCUGGUAGUGUUUGUGGUGGUGGUGGUGGCGGGGAUCCACACUGGUCAGCGCAGCGUGGGGCGAAUUCCGUUCGUGCACGCGGACUACAAAGUCUACCUAUAUCCAGACAGUCUGGUGGUUCCACGCAUCCUCUGAUUGCAUCAGCACGACAGCUAGAGGGAAACGGAGAGUACCUCAAGGCUGUAGAGCACUACCUCAAAGUCACACCUGACCUCCUUUCUGAGGGUGGAGACGGUGGUGGGGAAGGCGAGAGCGCAGCUGCACUAACUCAUUCUGUGGAGACGUGCGAAAGCCUAUGGGUGCAUGCUGCCAACCUUGCUAUGAAAUUCCUUACUCCAGAGAAUUCCGUCCAAGUGACCGAGUUGGUGGCUUCAAAGCUGGCUCGACUUCAACGAUACAGUACAGCUGGCGAGUUGCUGCUUAGCGUUGACAGAUUUCAAGAGGCCGUUAAUGUCUUUGUAGCCGGUGAGGAGUGGGAAAAGGCACGCAAGAUUGUGCAGGAUUUGGAGCCCCAGCUCAAGAGUUACGUGGAAAAGAAAUAUAAGGAAUUUCUUAAGGUUGGUGCCCUUUCAGUUGUUGUCAAGUCAGAAAGCUCUGAAGAAAAUAGAACUGUUACGAGUAAGGGACAGGCGGAAGAACUGGCUGGCGUCGAUGCUUUCUCGGCAAUUGAGAUGUAUGCGGAACAGGGUAGGUGGGAGAAGUGCAUAAAUGCUGCGGAUCGUCUCUACCAGGAGACGCAGGCGGAACGUGACUACCAGUUGCUACAUAAGCACCUUGCCACCUUUGCUGCGACUUUGAUCAGGGAGAAACGCGCCUAUGAUGCCCUUCUUCUUUACAAGCGCCAUGGCGCACCACCUUACGUGCAGAACUUCAAUAUCUACAAGGGGAUAUUCCAAGAGAUAACUGCACAACGCAAUCUCGCCACAGCGGACGCCUAUUCCACAUGGGCUGCUUUGAGAGACACCCUCUUUGAUAUCUACCAACGCGUCUCUUCUCUCUCCGGUGCUGUCAAAAUCCAGCCCAAUGUAGUUAACGUCUUUGAGCGCAUGUUUCUGGUGGCGCACUAUUAUGCAACACGUUCGGCACUGAUCUCUGCAAAGCUCUUUGAUUUGGCGACAAAAGUGAGCGUCUCCCUCCUCAGAGACUCAGACAUCAUUCCCGCUGACAAGGCAUUCUUCGAAGCUGGGACUCAGUGUCGUAAGCUGGGAUGGGACAGCAUGGCAUUUGUUUUUUUAAACCGUUUUCUUGACCUUAUGGAGGUGAUUGAAGAUCACGAGGGCAAUUCGGGUGCACUAGACAGCACUGAUUUCGAGAACACAGACAUUCCUUUGGAGGUUCCAAUUCCGGAAGAGCCCUACGCCACCAAUGCUGAGCACGAAUCAGUACGUGAGUGGAUCCUGGCAGUGUCGAUGGAUCAGAAAUUGGAUCAGGUGUUACCUAAAGAUGAACGAGGAAUCUACGUAGCUUGUUUGAGUUCUCCUGCAACGGGUGUGUCCGCGCUACCAUGCGUGGUAACUGGCUAUCCCGUCUUGCGUGAUGGUGUUUCAUUUUCAUCCAAAAGUGGGAAACACUCAGCUAAUUUGGAGGACUGGAAGCGUAUUAGCUAUGCUGCCAAUGUGAACCGUAAUUCCGAGUGCAUUGAUACCUUCGAGUUUAUCCGUAAAUGGUGUGGUAGUGUUAUCUGA